AUGGAUCCAGAACGCUCUCCGAAUGCAUAUCAUGAUAUACUGUCGGGCGGUAUAGCAGGAGCAGUGGGGAAGGUGGUGGAAUAUCCGUUUGAUACAGUUAAAGUUCGGUUGCAGACACAGCCGGUACAUGUAUUUCCGUCUGCGUUGUCGUGCAUUAGAUAUACUUAUAAAAAUGAAGGCGUAUGGAGGGGGUUUUAUCAAGGGUUAGGCUCACCUUUGGUCGGUGCUUUUCUGGAAAAUGCAGUGCUGUUUGUAUCAUUUAAUAAAGCAAUACAAGCGAUAGAUACUACUAACAUAGAAUAUGGGAGUACCACUAAAGUGGCAUUGGCCGGUGCGUUUGCUGGGGCAUGGGCAAGUUUUGUGCUUACACCUGUAGAAUUGGUGAAGUGCAAGUUGCAAGUGUCUAAUCUCAGGAAAGACUCAAAGUCUUACGACGCGAUCUGGUCGACAAUAAAGUCCGUCAUCAGACAAAAUGGGCUCCAAGGCAUGUGGCGAGGCCAAUCAAGCACAUUUAUCAGAGAGACGGUUGGUGGUGCUGUGUGGUUCACGACGUAUGAGACUUUAAAGAAUUGGUUUGCAUCUACACGAGAGGAUGGUAGGGUUCCGACACAGGGAUUGCUGGUUUCAGGCGCCAGUGCUGGUGUCAGUUUUAACGCCUGUGUAUUCCCGGUGGAUACAAUCAAAUCAGUGAUGCAGACAGAGCACAUUGGGUUGUCACCUGCUGUGCUUUUGGUGCUUAAAAAAUAUGGCGCCAAAGGAUUUUAUCGUGGAAUUGGCAUCACAUUAAUAAGGGCCAUGCCAGCAAACGCUGUCGUCUUUUACACUUACGAACACCUAUCUUCUAGCAGAUGA